AUGAAAUCCUCUAGAAGGAACAGCAGAAGCUCUAAUUCACAACCGGGAAUCAACUGGGACUUUGUUGACUCGUUUGAUGUCGAAGAGUUGACUUCUGGUGCCGAUAAAAACAGUCAAUUAAAAUGUUUUAUUAAAGGAUUCCGCAAAUUUCAAAUAACAAAUAAUUACUCGGAAUACAGACAGGAAUUAAUGCCUAAAUUCCUUCGAUUGUGUCAGCUUUCAUGUAAUGCUCUCAUUGAAAUGCAAGUGGCCAAUAAAGAAGAGAUUCAAACACUCAAAGAUCAAUAUAAUUCAUUACAAACUACAUAUGAUAAGGCUCGUUUGUUGAUUAAUAAAAUUAAAAACGAUGUUGAUAGAUGUCCUAUUUGCAGAAAGAUGUUUAAAUCAGCAGAAACCUUACAAAAUCAUAUUCAAGAAAAGCAUCCACAGCAAUUACACCAUUGGAAUUGUUUGAUCAAUAAUCAUGAACAUAUUUCAACAAAUGUAGAAGGAAUUACAAACAGAUUAUCAUCUAUUAGCAAUAGUAUUCCUGAUAAAGCUGAGAAAAACAAUGUCAUUCUUCCCGUUGAUGAAGAUAGUAUUCAUUUGAACGUAAAUGAUCUAGAUGAAACAGAAAAACCUCCAUCGCCUGAAAUUAGAAAGAUUAUUAAAGUGGAACCUGAUACUCCUACUAGGCCACCGCCAAGAAAGAAAGUAAGAUUUUAUGAAAAUAGUGAAAUAGAAGAAGAUAGUAAGAUUGAAACCAUACCUAAUAAAAAUGUUCAGCAAAUGCUUGAGGAUGAUGAACUCGAAUCCACAUCUAAAGAAAAAGUCAAAAAGAAAAUUAAAAAAUCAAAGAAAACUUCUCCAACAAAGGAAGAAAAACCGCCUGAACCGAUUCCUAUCAGAGAACCUGAUUCACCACCGCCAGAACCUGUUGAAGAAGAUAGUGGCGUUACUUUCAUAGGUGAUGAAGAUGAUAUUUCAUUCUUCAAGAGCAGAGACUCUGAUGAUGAUGUAGAGGAACCGAAAGAAACUCCUCAAAUUGCUACAAAACCAGAAGAAGACGGUUUACUUCAAACUACGUUCCCGCUGUUUGAAAAACUUGAAUUCUUUGAUAACAACCCUGAAAGUUCUUAUCUUGAAAAUGGAAAUAAGGUUGAUGAAGCUUCAUUUGUUGAUGAAGAACCUCCACUUCGAUUUUAA